AUGACCAAGCUACUCGUCACGGGCGCAACAGGCUACAUCGGCGGCUCGAUCCUCACCACGCUGCUGCGCGACGCCCACGCCGCCGUCGCCGAGUACGGCGUACUGGUGCGCAACAAGGCCGCCCUCGACACCUUCCAGUCGCGCGGGGUCAAGGCCCACCUAUUCGACGGCCUCGACGACCUCGCCACCAUCGAGGACGUGGCAUCGCAGUACGAUAUCGUCGUCAACACGGCCUCGGCCAGCCAUCCCGAGUCGGCCAAGGCGCUGAUCCGCGGCCUCUCUCGGCGCAGCCGCCCCGCUGGCUCCAACGCCUCGAUCGUCCAUACCUCGGGCACCUCGAUCCUGGGCGACCACGCCGAGGGCCGCAGGCUCGACGAGCGCAUCUUUUCAGACGUCGACGACGACCUGUACGCCUUCGAGGCCGGCCACCCGGAGCCGUACUCGCAGCGCAUCACCGACGUCGCCGUCGUCGAUACGGCCGCCGCGCUCGGCGUGCGCAGCUACAUUGUCGUGCCCCCGACCAUCUACGGCAAGGGCAGCGGGUGGUUCGCCACCAUCUCGCAGCAGAUCCCGCACCUCACCCGCCUCGCCCUCCGGCAGGGGCAGGCCGUGUGCAUCAACGAGGGCCUCUCGGCGUGGAACCACAUCCACAUCGACGACGUGGCCGACUUCUACUCGUUCCUCUUGGCCCGCAUCCUCGCCGACGACGACGCCAGCGUCGGCCACGGCAGGCGAGAGGGCUACUAUUUUGUCCAGGACGGCGAGCACACGUGGUCGGACGUGUCGAGGGCGAUUGGCGCGCAGCUGCACGCGCGCGGGCUGAUCAAGACGCCCGAGCUCAUCCGGCUCGGCUUCAGCUCCAACGCCCGCGCCCGUGACGACCGCGCGCGCGCCCUCGGAUGGUCGCCGCGGCGCCACGACUUUGAAGAGCACUACCAGCAUGAAAUCGCCACCGUUGCCGCCGAGGCCGACUUCUCUUCGCCCUAG